ACUCGCCACACCGUUUUGACUAUCAAACAUUAAGCAGAUAGGCAGCACGAUGGAUGUGGGAGAAGUGAUCUACACCUUGUUGGAGGUGCUCAUCGCUGUUUGCUGCUGUCUUGGAAAUAUGUUGGUCAUUUUGGCACUGUGGACCGGCAAGAUCAUUCAGCAACCGACCUUCUGCCUUAUUAUCUGCCUGGCUGUGGCUGACUUUAUGGUUGGCUGUGUGGCCAUACCGCUGGCUGUGUUGGUGGACGGACGAGUGAAGACUUCAUUCCAUGGUUGUCUCUUCAUCAGCUGUGUUGUCAUCCUGUUGACACUGGUCUCGGUUUUGUGUCUCACGGCUAUUGCAGUGGAUCGAUUCCUCAGGGUGUUUAUCCCUCUCAGGUACAAAAGGACUGUAACACAGAGACAUUCUUGGCUUGUCGUAGCAGCAUGCUGGCUUCUUGCAGUGCCAAUGAGUUUUUCUCCAAUGCUUGGAUGGUACAACCAUGAAACCUUGGCUGCGGCAGUCAACUCAACUAUUGUCUGCAGGUUUAUAGAUGUGAUCCCCAUGUCAUACCUGGUUUACUUCAGUUUUUUCCUCUGCACCCUGACACCUCUGUUGGUGAUGACUGUAUUGUAUGGCUACAUUUUCUGCAACAUCCGAGGAAACCUUCGAGACAAACCAGGCAACGGUGCCCAAAUCCAGUCUCAGAACUACCUGAAGAAAGAGAAACAGCUGGCAGGAUCUCUGUCUCUGGUCUUGGCUCUGUUUGCCCUGUCCUGGAUCCCUCUCCACGUUAUGAACUGCAUUGCUUACUUCAGUGGGCCGAAUAAUGUACCAGUAACAGCUUUCUAUGUCGGGAUCCUGCUCACUCAUGCUAACUCGGCUGUAAACCCAGUUGUGUAUGGGUUCAAAAUACAGAAGAUCAAGACAGCGUACCUGAAGCUGUGGAGACGGUAUACUGCAUGUGGAGAAGAUUAUCAAGUCUCUCAGACAAGCCAGACAACAGACAACAAUCUCAGCAGUAACAUCAACAGUGUGGCCAAAAAUGAGUGAAUGAAGAUUUCCUUCUUUGUUCUUGAUGACUAUAUGACAAAACAGGCUUAUUGUUGAACGCAAAGACCGAUACAUUUUCUCUUGACUCACAUGAAUGUAUUUUAUUCAGCUGUUGCAUGGUUUUAGUUUGGAAAUGUUCGUUUCUGUAUCGGUUGUUUUAUCAGAUAUGCUGUGCUUUUUAUAGGUUUGUGGUUAGCCAACUCGUUUUCUUGCCAAGUUGUCACAUAUCGCUGCUUUGUCAGUCACCCUACAUUCAGUGUGUUAGGUAUUCUCCUGCAGUGCCGUGCACAGACAUUUUGCAGGGCAAGUGCUCAAGUGGAAAAAAGGCACUGCCAUUUUCCAUGCACAAAAAGCUGGGGGGAUGUCUGUCUAGUCCACAUAUGAGGUGUCUAAAUACCCAUACAAUAUACACCUAGCCACUGCUACACACACAUUCACUUUCUACAUUUAUCAUUUCUUUAUAACAGGCAACCACAAUGAAAACAGUGCCCCACUGUGUACACUUUGGUGGUCCAUAAAGUAAAUAACCAUCACAAUCAACAAAUCUUUACACAAUAUUGAAAAUUAUUGUUCUCUGAAUAAUUAAAAUAAUGAAGCAACCAUCUACCCUCCAAAUUAGGAAGUAGGCUUCCGUCAGUUGCAACAGUAAGGCUGUUCUCCUCUCCUCCCCUCCUCUCUUUAUUUUCCAAUCCUUUCCUUUGCUCUUGUCCUCUCAGUUUGUUCUUCUCUCCUCAUUCUCUUGUCCUCCUUUCUUUUUUAAACAGUCACAUACUAGUUCUUAUAAGUAUCUUCUAAAUAAGCUUUAAAUGUUGUUAAAGAAUCCCAGAGAACAGACACGUGCAACUCCUUGGCAAUCUUUACCCAACACAGCCCCAAACUGCACGUCAUUUUGUUUAAAUUAAUAAUCAGAGAUGCGAUGUGGAAGUAUUUAACAUUAAUUCAAAUUGAGUUUUGGUUUAAAAUGACACAAGGAAGUGGGAAUGCAAUUUGCUGGGCAGUUUGUGAACCCCAGUCUGACAGAGAGUUGAAGGGAGACUGUGUGGUUUUUCGCCAGGCUUGCUUACAGCAUACUUUUUAAUUGAGAAUUGAUGCAGUGAGCCAAAUUUAAAAACUGUGUAAACUAAUGUGUCUUGCAAAAAGACAGAGGGCAAAAGAGCAUGUGCUUGAGCACCACCUUGAGUGUAUCUCUGCAUGUGCCUGCUCCUUAUAUUACAAUCACUACAAUUGGCAUCAGGUGUCUGACAUCAAAAUCACUGACAAAGCGGCGGUAUUUGAUGACUUAAGAAUGAUAACGGGCUGGGUUAAUGUUUGUUGUCUGUACAGCUCCAAGUAGUUUUGCAUUUUGUUGUGGACAUAUAUUUUCUGAAUAUUUACUUCCUGUCCGCCAUAUGCACAGUUUCCACUGCUGUCAGUCUAAGCUGGGUUAAAUACUCUCUGUCUACUGUACUAUUUCUGUAUUGGAUGCUGAAGAUGAUUAACAU